CAUAUCAUACGCGCUCCUUUACGUGUUCCGCCCCUUCCCUCGAUUCUUUUCUUCUUCUUUGGCACUUCCCUUUCUCUUCCCUUAUUACAUUUGUGUACUCUCUUUCCAAAGCAGUGUCUAAAGAAUGAGGAAAUUUUGAGAGUAAAGACCCUAUUUGAUUAAUUGUCAAAGCUCCAACAUCGAAUUUCACUCAGCAGGAGUAUAGGUAACUUCAGUCACAGUUACUCCCUCGGUCACCUAGCUUCAGUUUAUGAGCAGAGGGAUAUGGCAUCUUUAAUCCACCUGCCAUCUGCAACAUCAGCAGUUACUUCGCGACAUGCACUUCAUAAACAGCUGCAAUUGUUAAAAACCCAAAGAGUGCCAAAUAGAAUGACCUUUCCAUGUAUGAGCCAAAAACCAUUCUCGAUUUGCUGCUCAAAUCAGUCACCAUGGGAACCUGCACCUGUCACUUAUGUUCCUAGUGAUAAUAAUGAAGAUAAAUUUCUGGAAGGAACAACCAAUAUAUUUGAAACCAUGUCGUCCAGCAAACCAGCUGAAUCUUCAUUAACUGAGGCUAAAGGCCUCACUGAUGUAAAGAAUCAGCCACCUUUGCAGCUCCAAUACCUCCAAUGGCCUGUGUGGGUUCUUGGCCCUGCCGUUCUCUUAGCCACUGGGAUGGUGCCAACUUUGUGGCUGCCUAUUUCAUCAGUUUUCAUUGGUCCCAACAUAGCCAGCCUUCUUUCCUUGACUGGACUUGAUUGUAUUUACAAUCUUGGAGCAAACCUAUUUCUCCUGUUAGCCGAUUCUUGUGCUCGUUCACCAGACACCAGUGAAGAUUCCAGCAGCAAGCCGCCUUUUAGUUAUCAGUUAUGGAACAUGGUCGCGAACGUUAUGGGUUUAGUCAUUCCCUUGGCAGUACUUUUUGGUUCUCAGAACAGUUUCCUUCAGCCCCAACUUCCUUUCAUUUCUUAUGCGGUGCUCUUGGGCCCCUAUCUCCUGCUUCUAUGCAUACAGAUACUCACAGAGAUGCUGACAUGGCAUUGGAAGUCACCAGUGUGGUUGGUGACACCGGUAGUUUAUGAAGCUUAUCGUGUGUUGCAAUUGAUGAGGGGGUUAAAGCUCAGUGCAGAACUCGCUGCACCAUCAUGGAUGCUGCAUACAAUUAGGGGGCUAGUCUGCUGGUGGGUACUCAUUCUCGGCAUGCAGCUCAUGAGAGUCGCUUGGUAUGCUGGUUUCACUGCUCGGGCUCAUCAGAAACAGCUACACACCCUUCCCAAUGUUGAUUAGGUCCAAAUGAUGCAACUUUCCUUUUUUUGGUUUACAGAACAAACAAGUUUUGAAUUGGUAUAGGCUUCUCUUUUUCCCCCUUUCUUCCCACUUCUUGUUACCCUUGUGCACAAGGAGUUGGCCUUGAGAGUAUACUACUAAGAUGUAUGUUACCGGAAAAAGAAGAAUUAAGCGUAUACAUCUAGAUAUUUGUAUAGUUAAAGAUGCUUGCAGUUUUUCUCUCAAAUAUAUCUGCUGUUACGUGAA